GCCUUCAGCAGUCAGCUCUCCCUUUCAAGUUUCAUUAACAUUGAUGUCGUUGUCAAAGCAAUCAAAAACGGUGUUUCAAAUCAAUUUUUAGUACAUGAACUUCCCUCCCUCUCCCCUCUUCCACCUUUGUUUCCCCCACCAUUUUCGGCCACCCUGUUUUCCUCCUCAUUCUGAAACAAAUCACUAUUCUUGAUUGAUUACUUCCACCCCAAAACCACACUAUUUUUGAAGUAGUAAAAGAUUCUCUCAAGCUUCCUCCUCUUCUGUCUGAGUCUGAACCAAAACUCAUUAUUUUGUUUUUUUCCCUUUUUGUUUUACGAGGAAUGGCAGUAAGUGCUCGAUAACUGUGUCUUCAGUUAUAAAACCCCAAUUUGAAAACUUGCUAGAUACCCACUUUUAAUAAACAUUUUUUCUUUUUUUUUGGGGGUUUUUUUUUUUAUGAUAAGUGUAUAUCUUGACUGUGUGUGUUAGGAUGAAAAGAAGGGGGAAAAAAGCGGCCUAAUACGUGACAGAUUCUGGGAUUAAGUCAAUUUUCUUAACCAGAUCCAAUCAUUAAGCAAAAGGGUGGGAAAAAAGUCUUGUUGUUUGAAAAAUGAGUCUUUGCUGGCAAAUUAAACGUUUGAAUGUGAUGGGUUUAUUUGUUUUUUGGAUUGUUUUUGGAGUGUGUGAGUGUGUUUUUUUGAAAUUUUUAGGAAGAUUUGUUUUUUGGUUCUGCUUUCAUUACUUGGCUGGAUUUGUUGAACUUCCAGAUUUUGGUUUCAUUUUGUAACGAGGAAGGUGCUUCUUUUUGAACUGUGAUUUGUUUGCAAAUGCAGGCGUCCGUUCAGAGUAGGCAUCAAGAUAGAAGUCGUGGAAUGGUGAUGAAUAGUGAGGUAGAUGGAGAUCUUCCAAUGUUUCUUGAGAUCAGGAAACGUGGAAAGGAGAGCAGCAACGGGUUUGUUCAUCUUCACAAAAUGCCCGAUGGAUUUGAUGAUUCGCCAGCACCAAAUCCUGAUUGCCUUGAGAUUUCGGAUCUGACUCAGCUCAUUAUGAAUCCAGCUGAUAAUUUUUUGGAUGCAGAGAGCCAAAAAAGCGAUCAUGACUGGCUUCUUACACCACCUCGCACCCCUUCAAUGCCUUUGAUGGAAAUAUCAGAUCCGAAUGGUGGUAAUCAGAUAACAAAUUCAAGCGCUGUGCCUACUGCUCAAAUAUCAAAGCUGGAAAAUCCACUUGAUGUACCCUCCUCGGUGAACGAUACAUCUGCCGUUCAGCCUAUCAAUUCGAUUACUGAUGGCUCUUCUGUUUCGACAAAUAGAAAACCUUCAUCAGCCAGGCAAAAAUCAACUGCCUCUAGAUCUGCAACUCCAACUGCCCGGUCAACAGUACCCACAGCAUCACGGCCCUCCCGAUCAUCUACUCCUACUUCAAGAGGUACUGCUGCUUCCAGUAAGCCGGCGGCAUCUUCAGCAAGAUCCUCAACUCCCACAAGAAUUAAUGCCCGCUCAGCUACGCCACCAGCCAGGCCCUUGCUACCAUCUACCUCCUCUAAUAAAUCAGCAUCAAGGUCUUCAACACCCACACUUAGAUCUUCAAAUUCAUCUAGUGGAACUACUACUUCAUCUGCGCCUUCUGCUCGGUCUUCAUCGCUGAUAAAGACAGUACCUGCAAUGUCAAGAAACACGGGAGGACCACGCAUCGGUAUUGUUCCCAUUGUGAAGUCUAGGCCUAAAGCAUCAUCAGAAGCUGCACCAGUUACUUCAUCUGAUGCCCCUUCUAAUUUGAAGGCAAUGCCUAAAAGGGCUACUUCAGCAUCCAGAGGAAGAUCUACCGCAUAUAAUUCGCUGUUUUCUUCUAGUAACACGACUACUGCAAAACAACGGCAAAAAUCUUGCUCUCCUGCAAGAGGACGGAUUAAAGAUGGUGCUUUGGAUGCUGGGAAAACUGUACUUUCCAGGAGUCGAGGAUACUCUAAUGGCAGCGAUGAUGUGAACCCUGUUCUGAUGGGCACACAAAUGGUUGAAAGGGUGGUGAACAUGCGGAAGUUAGCUCCACCUAAAUACGACAAUGACUAUUCCCAUGAUAACUCAUCAGGGAAGUCUUCAUCUCAAGAUAAUUCUGGCUUUGGAAGGUCUCUAUCCAAAAAGUCUUUAGAAAUGGCUAUACGACAUAUGGACAUUAGAAGAAGCAUAUCUGGUAACUUGAAGACAAUAGUAACAAGUGGUUCAGCUUCUUCUUCUUCAUCAAGUCGUCGAGCUGGCUCCUCAAAGACCUCUACGACCACCAGUGCUUCGGACUCUCCACUCGCUACGUGUAGCAACACCAGUUCUGAACCUAGUGUCCAUAACAUCUCCCAUGUCUUGGACAUGAAUGAUAUGGACAUAUAUGACCUUCCAAAUUAGACUUCUGAAAUGUUCAGUGUGGAAUGUGUGGAGUUCAUCCUUGUUGACUCCGAAUGUUGCAUUUGGAUAAUGUUUUUUUUGGAAAUCCUUUGCAAUAUCAGUUGAACUUGGACAUUAUACCAUCAGUAAUAGUCUUGUGUAAUACAAAGGAAUGCAUGAUAUCUUGUUCUUCGUGCUGAUUUAGUUUGAAUUUGAUACUCUUCUUCCCAAAAUGAGUAUUAUGUUUGUUUUACUCACUGUGUCCUAUUUUACUCC